UUAGGUGAAAUAUCACAACAGAAAUGUCGAAAAACAGCAGGGUCAAUGCUUCUGCAUGUUGCAUUGUUGAGCAAGAAGUGAAAGAAGAGAAAACUCUGAAUGUCAGUAUCGCUGAGAUUUCUGCUGAAUUGCAAAGGGAGAAACAGAAAAAUUCAGAGCUCAUGGAGAGAAUAUCAGCUCUUGAGUCUCAAAUACAAGAAAAACAAAAAGACUUCAAGUUCUCAAAUGCAAAUGCUAGUUCUCAAAGUAUAGGGGAAAGGCAUUUCAGAAAGCCCAAGAGACAAAAAGUAGCACAAUGUGUCGACAAUAACGAGGACAGAACACAAAACAUGGACUUCGAGGUGAAGGAUCACACAGAAAUCCUCCUAAUGGAAGACAUUCAUACAGAACGUUGCCUAGUGAAUUGGAUGAGCAUGGAUGAUACUAAGUUUCUGAAUUUCGAAAGAUCCAAAGACAGUGAUUCAGCUGAAGACAAUGAUCCUGAUGACAGCGAAGACGAAGAUGACCAAGAAUCUGAUGACAAUGGCACUUAUACUGACAUUAUGCAUAUAAAAAACGUCAAGAACUUGAAAAUUGAAAAGGAGAUAGAAGAUAGCGGUGAAGCAAAGAGUUCACCAACUGAUAUGGACGUUUACAAGAACGCAAGGGGACUCAGGAACUGUAAUAAUGAAGAAUUUAAUAUGCUCAAAACCUACGAGGAACUUUCAGAAGCGCGUUCGAUUGAUCAUGGAAUAAGAAGACAGGGAAGUGCAUUGUCACAUAAAAAGUCCCUAAAGAUGGCUUUUUGUCCAAAGGAAGUAAGCGAACUGCUAGGAUCAAAAGAGCUUUCCCUGGAAAAUGCUCAAUCUCAUACUAUGAGAAAAAUCUUAGUUUUUGCGCCUCUCGGUAUAAGACAUGGGAGUGAGGACAUAUAUGAAUUAGACUUCAACCAUUUCAGCAUUUUGCACAAGGGAGAACCAUAUAUUGAUGCAAAAAAUCCAGGGGAACAUGUAUUAUACGACAAUCCUGGAGUUCGGAGGAAGAUAUUCUUUCCCAACAAACAGAACCGAGCCUUAUGUCCUGUUAAAAUACUCGAAGAGGAGAAGGCCAUGCGUCCGGCUGAUGCUAGCUGCCCGUCAUGCUUAUUCCUAUGCAUCAAGUAUGGAGGAAGGACAAGAAAUCUUCCUCAAAAUGAAUACGUCAGGCAGCGGAUGGGAAGAAACAAACUAAAAUCUUUUGGUCCGGUUAUAUGUCGGAUGGCAAUGCUGGUCCAUAUUCGCAGCGGAAGCUUCUUCUUUAAGGCAUUGGGAAUUACACUUCUCUUCAUGGCUGGCUUUCCAAAUGAUCUGGUUCAAAGGGAAACCAAAUAUAAGAACUUGAACCUCCUACAGAAGUAUUACAGGACAGAUGAGGAUGCAGAAAGGGAGGAGUUAUUUCUAUCACAUUAUGAGACUGAUGCUAUAGUAAGAUAUGCAACUCAUGGUCAAUUUUCUCCAGAAUUUGUGGAUAUUAGUCCCAAUUCUGAGCAAGGGAAAAAAGCAUUGACGAAAAUGAAAAUCAAGAGAGAAGCAAUCUAUAAGACCAAAACUUCAGAGAAAGUUACAACUAUACAUCCUGAACCUUCAUGUUCUGCCCCAUCUCCUGCACCGUUCGGAUUAAUGGGCUACGCCUCGUCUCCAAGUCCAGUGACGCAAGCACCAGUAGAUAUGACAAGGCCUGUAAUGGCUAAUACCGCAUCCAAUAUUCUCUACCAUAACCAAUGUUCAUAUCCUGUUUUCCCAAUGUAUCCACCAAAUUCUGUCAUGCCUUUAGUAUAUUGGCCUCAACCUAAUGCGUUUGCGCCAUUUCCUCACCCUUCUUCCUAUAGAUAUAUUGCACCUGGAAGCUGCAUUUCAGGACAACCAUAUUCUUACUACAGUCAUCAUCCUUUGAUUCCAGAAACUUUAGGGACUGAUGAGAAACAAAAUGGAGGAUCAGAUGAGGCUAAAAGGGAGUCCAAUAGCAGUUCAAGCAGUACAGAUUCAAGAAAGAAGUAA